CGCGCCGACAUUCCGAUCGGCGUGGACGUGGACGUGAUCCGCAAGGAGGAUCAGGCGAGCGGGGCGGUGAGACGCGGGAAGGUUCGCGAGUUUCUCACCAACUCGUCAACGCACCCGCAGGGGGUAAAGGUGCGGCUCGAGGACGGCACCAUCGGGCGCGUCGCGAGGGUGCAC